AUGUCUAGGAUGCACUUCUCAAGCCUCACAAGCGCAGUCUUUGAAGACACCCACCACAUUACUGAGGGAGGAGGCUACAGUUUUGGAUGGAGAGAUAGAAAACAACAAGGAGGAGGAGAGGAGGAUCAUGGUGGCAAGGACAUGGCUGUGGAUGGGCAAAAGAGUGCCAGCAAUUCUGGUACCUACCUCAAUACAAUCUCAGCCACUUCUAGCAAAGCCCCACGCUCAUCAGGUGUUGCCAUUAAUGGUAUGAAAGAGCAAGUCCAGCGGAUGGUGGACAACCGGGGAAAGCACAACAAAAAAUGGAAAGCAGCUCAGCCAAGUUCUUCUGCUUCAACUGCACCUACGCAGUCAUUGGAACCUGCGGCGAUGAGGAGCUUGGCUAUCAAGACUGUGGGGCAGCUGGAGGUGCAGCUAAAUGACAAAGGGAAAGUGGUGUUGAUUGAUAUGUUGCAUGCUGAUAGAGCCAAGCCUCCAGAUGACAUGGGUAGGAUAAUACCUCUGAUUUGUAAGCCAGCCCAGUAUGCAGCAGCUAUUCUGUGUAAGACGUCCAUGGUUGCAUGUCAUGUUUAA